GAGACGUACACUGAGUAGUCAUACUCACGUGUCAUGUAAACAAUAAAUAUACCUACAACUAGUUUUGGGGAAGAAUGUCAUAAGGAUAACCUUGAUUAUUAAUACGAGUAAAGUAAUUUGUUGUAAUCAAGGCUGGGAAGGAGGAAAACCGUAUUACAAACUUAGUCGACUGUGGCUUUUUAGGUUGUUUGUUAUCAGUAUGAAAUCUUUUUGAAAUAUAGUUUACGUUCGUAAGUUGUGGUUAUUGCAGAAAGUGCAUUUUAGGUUCAACAAUAUCAAUACACAUUAUACAGGUAUGUCAGCGUUGCCAAGUACCUUUGUUGAAGAGUUCCACAGUGAAAGUGAUGUAAAAAAUAUAAAAUACUCAAAUCUUGAGAAUACAGACUUAAAAUUGUCAAAUCUUGGUGUUGGUGGUGGAACAUUUUCUGAGUUUUAUGGAUCAAUAGAUGAGACAGAAGCAAUUUCUCUAAUAAGGAAAGCAUUAAAAAGUGGAGUCAACUACAUAGAUACAUCUCCUUACUAUGGACAUACAUAUUCUGAGUCGUUAAUAGGCAAGGCCCUUGUUGAUGUUCCACGUCAGGCCUACCAUAUAUCGACUAAGGUUGGCCGCUACGGAACAUCUUGGGCAGACUUUUUUGACCAUUCUGCUGAACGAAUUGUGAAGGAGUUUGACAAGAGUUUAGAGCGAUUAGGCCUGGAUUAUGUGGACAUCCUCUUUGUUCAUGAUGUAGAGUUCAGCCCUCUUCAGCAAAUCCUGACAGAAGCCUUGCCAGCUGUGCAGAGCAUUGUGGACAAGAAGAAAGCUCGUUAUGUUGGCAUUUCUGGAUAUCCUGUAUCUCUAUUAUGGGAAGUGGUGGAAAAGUCUCCUGUGAAAAUCGAUGUCGUCCUUACAUAUUCCAGAGAUUGUCUAUUUGACACCACCACAAAGAAAUACAUGUCUUUUUUCCAGAGUCGUCGUGUUGGGCUGAUCAACGCUGGAGUAACAGGUCUAGGUCUUCUGACCAAUGAAGGACCUCCGCACUGGCAUCCAGCCUCGGCAGAGUUGAAGGAUCUGUGUCGUAAUGCUAGUCUCUACUGUCAGGAACAAGGUGUGGAGCUGGGUAAGCUAGCUGUUCACCACGCCAUGCAGCAGCCAGGCCACUGUUCUCAUCUGGUGGGGAUGAAGACACUGGCAGAGCUACAGUGUAACCUAGAAGUGGCUACAACUGGCCUCACAGAAGCAGAGUCCAAGAUCCUGAAUAAUGUUAAGGAGAAGUUUUUCAACUUACCUCAAGACUUACACUGGGAAGGUGUGGAGAUUAAUGCCUAUCGUAAAUAUAAAGAGGAACAUGGACUGAAGUAAUUUUAUCAUAAAUUCACAUGCAAGCUUAACUAUUGCCAUAGAUACUUUUACCUAGAUAUAACACCAACUUUUUGCUAAGAGCAGUUUUAAUUAUUUCUUAGGGAUCUAACUGAAACUUCUGGUCCGUAAUCAUUCCAUUUUAUAACAUCCUCACUCUUCAUGUGGAAUAAAAUAUAAUUAUUCCAUUAUUUACUCAAAAUCUUCACCUCUAAGUCCGCCUCUUUAAUACAGGCAAUUUUCAUUUCAAUCUCUUAAAACGAAACAAAAAAUUUAUUUUUUUUUUCUUGUUACAUCCCUGGCCUAAAACUCUAUUCUUUCUUUAUUUUUUUCAAAUUAGAAUAACCUCUGCCUCUCACUCUUAAGUAGUGGAAUAUUAUAAAUAUUUAUCAAAUAAGAAUUAUCCACAGGAGAUAAUACUAUUUUAGAAUUUCUAAACUUGAUAUUGCAGAAUUGGAGAAAAAUUACCCAAAUAUUUGAAAUUUAUACAGAGGUGAUAACUUUUACGUACCCACACCAUUGUUUACAAUUUUUUGUUUUCAAAGGUUUUACAUUAAUUGUGUUAAGAAAUGGCGCCUUGUAGAUUUAUCAUUGUGCAGAUAGGUAAAGUGAGUUAAAACUUGUGUAGAUGAUUCUUAUCAUUGUUUAUCUUCUGGGAAUGGUGCUAGACAAAGAAUAGUAUACUUUAUAUAGAGUAAAACACUAUAUUUUUAUAAUUAUACUUUUAUACUAAUUAUUACAAUAUUCUUAUGAUUUAGCAUGGCUUAGUAAUAAUAAUAUAUAAUAACGUAAUAUAAUGUCAAUUCAAUAAUGAUAUUAUGAAUAACAAAUAUUGUACCACUAACAUAGUGUAUAAUAGUUAGGAUAGGUUUGUUAUAUUAUAAACUUGCACAAUGGAACAAGUGUCUUAAAAAAGACUGAAAAUUCAUUUUAACUCUUAUUUUUACAUGAUAAGUACCUUAAUGUUAUAAACAUUGUUAAAUUCUUAUACUGAAUAUUGAAUGUACUGUACCAAUAUUCUGUAACAAACAAUAAAAUAAAUGAGUUUAUACAAUAAGAAAGUAAUUUGCAUGGAUGAAGCAAUCAUUCACUUUUGACAAAUGCACUGUGGCCAGUGAUGGCUAAACCCUUAAUACUAAAAAUCAAGUAAUCAAAAGCUAAAUUAAGAUAAUGUGGAAUUAUGGGUUGAAGUGUUAGGAAAACAGGAGACUGAGCUGGACAGUGGUAAGACAAGUACAGAUACUUCAAAUCGCUUACAUUCCUGAAAUGAAAGAGGUAAAGUGAGUGCUGUAUUGUGGGGGUGGGAGGAGGCGGUCUCUAUCCUGUAACAUCAAAUGGCCACUAUUCAGUAAGACCACAGCAUGUGGAGUCAUGGACACAUAUAUGUGAGUUAAUUGUUGUAUUAAACUACACUUUUUAACAGUGCCUCUUUUACUUUAAGAAUUCUAGCUUAGAAAUAAUAUACUUCAAGACAUUUCCUUAAAUCGUAUCACCUUCUGCUCUCACAGACUAUACAUGAACACGUGCUAUGUCAUCUUACCCUUUCUAGAAUUCUCUAGAGCAACCUAAUCUUCUGAUCGUGUUCUUAUCAUAUUCAUAAAAUAUCUUCAGUUGUGAACCAUAAAGUUUUCAGACUUUAUUUCCAAGUAAAUUAACCUCGUAUGCAUGAUCCGCACAAAGCAUUACAGAAUUAUUGGAAUUUUCUCACCUUCUAUAGCUAAUUCCAGACAUAUCAUCUUGGCCACCAAUCAUAAUGAUGGGUUAUAUCAAACACCAAUGAGAGUCGUUGGUUCUGGUGGCAAAGCAUUGACCAAGGGAGUCUAGCAGAGGAUAUUGGACGAUUUAAAAUUAAUCAUGGGGAAUUUUUCAGAGUGAGGAUCGUGUGCAACUGUCAAGUGGUAAAGUGUGAUACAGUUUGGGGGUGCAAUAUUUGGAUAUUAAUAAUCUUCAAAUAACCUGAGCUGAAGUAGAAAUAUUUUAGGAAUAAGUAAUUACUGAUAAUUUUAUUAUCUCUUGUUGCUAAUUAUGUAAUUCAGUUUAUUUUCUUUGAUAUUAUAGUAAAAAUCUUGGUAUAUGAUACAUAUUAUAUUAUUAAAAUGAUAGCAGCAGAUUGAUAAUUUAUAUUGGUUUAACCUAUUCCAGGCUACUCGUCCAUUCCGGUUAGUGGACCAAAGUGGAAAGACGUAGUUACGCAACCUCUGUUGACGGUUUAGCAACUACUGUUUAUUUCGUGCUUUUUCCACUAGCAUGCGCUUGGAUGCUCUCAGUUACAUUUGCUACAAUAUAUACUGUAUUGUUUUUGCAGUAGUAGCCUACAAAUCAGCUGUUACUAAUAUGAUCUUCACUUUCACUUCCAGUUUUGUUUGUAAUAAAUAAU